AUGAAAACUCCAAAUCGUGACCUUGUAGGAGUUUCGACUGAAGGUGUUUUCAUGUCCGACACAGAUGUUCACGCUCGGAUAGAGAUGAUUACAUUGCAUAACGCCAUAAAUGCACGACUCCUGGAGUUGUCCGAUUAUGCAACGCAAUCGCUAUCCAAGCACGACCAUGUGUCAAAAACUGCCUGCGGACUUCUAGAUCCUCCCAAAGCUGCAGUGUCUGUAGGGCCUCCUCAGGGUCCAUACUACCCUGGAGAUCAAGUCACUCUCAGGUGUGACAUAGGAGGGACCUCUCAGGCCUCCUGGGAGACAUAUAACUGGUACAAAAAUAAUGACAACAUUCCUGAUGAGACCAUUCAGACCAUCACCAACUCUCUCCCUAAUAAUGCUGGUGUGUAUCAGUUUAAAUGUCAGGGACGUAGCGAAAAUAGACCAAAUAAUUCCCUCAUCAGUGACCCUCUCAGUAUUACUGUUAAAGCUCUCCCCACAGCUGAGGUGGUGGUAGUGUUCCCUCAGUCCCCCUUCUACCCUGGAGAGAAAGUCACUCUGACAUGUGACGUAGCAGGGUAUCAGGACCGGUCACAUUACAUAUGGUACAAUGGCAAUAACCAGAUACAUAAUAAGAACAACAAGACUAUCACCAUCUCUCUUCCUAAUGAAGCUGGCCAGUACACAUCUCUCCCCACAGCUGAGGUGGUUGUUGUGUCCCCUCGGUCCCCCUUCUACCCUGGAGACACAGUCACUCUUAGGUGUGCCAUAGCUGGGUACCAGGACAGGUCACAUUACAGAUGGUACAAUAGCAAUAACGUGAUACCCAAUAAGAACAGCGAGACUAUCUCCAUCUCUCUUCCUAAUGAAGCUGGCCAGUACACAUGUGACGGCCGUAUAAGUGAUCGUCAAAUAUACUCUCAUCAAAGUGGCCCUGCCACCAUCAGUACCACAGCUCUCCCCACAGCUGAGGUGAUAGUGUCCCCUCAGUCCCCCUACUACUCUGGAGAGACAGUCACUCUUAGAUGUGCCAUAGCUGAGUACCAGGACCGAUCACAGUUUACUAGAUGGUACAAAGACAAUAACCUGAUAUCGAAUAGGAACAGCAAGACUAUCACCAUCUCUCUUCCUAAUGAAGCUGGCCAGUACACAUGUGACGGCCGCAUAAGUGAUCGACCAACAUACUCCCUGAGAAGUGGCCCUGCCACUAUCAGUACUACAGCUCUCCCCACAGCUGAGGUGAUAGUGUCCCCUCAGUCCCCCUACUACUCUGGAGAGACAGUCACUCUUAGAUGUGCCAUAGCUGGGUAUCAGGACCGAUCACAGUUUACUAGAUGGUACAAAGACAAUAACCUGAUGAAUAGGAAGAACAGAAAGACUAUCACCAUCUCUCUUCCUAGUGAAGCUGGCCAGUACACAUCCUUUCCCGCAGCUGAAGUGGUGAUACUGUCCCCUCAGUCCCCAUACUACCCUGGAGAGACAGUCACUCUGGGGUGUGACAUAGCUGAGCACCAGGACUGGUCUCAGUACAUAUGGUACAAAGGUGAUAAUCAAGUGCCCAAUAAGAACAGCAAGACCAUCACCAUAUCUCUUCCUAAUGAUGCUGGUCAGUACACAUGUGAAGGACAUAGAAAGAAACGACCACUGCAAUCUCAGCAAAGUGGCUCUUCCACUAUCAGUGCAACAGCUCUGCCCACAGCUACAGUGUCUGUAGUGUCUCCUCAGGGUCCAUACUACCCUGGAGAUCAAGUCACUCUCAGAUGUGACAUAGCAGAGCACACAGACUGGGAUAAGUAUUACUGGUAUAGAGACUCUUCUUAUAUUGAUUUAGUACGAUAUCAAAGCAGCAGCAUCUCUCUACCUGAUCAAAUUGGGCAGCACCAGUUCACAUGUGAAGGACGCAGAAGCAGUAGACCACACAAAUCCCAACACAGCAAACCCACAUCUGUCACAGUAACAGACCUUCCAACACCUACAGUGUCUGUAAAGCCUGAGGGUCCUGUGUUCACUGGAGAGACAGUCACUAUGACGUGUGUGAUAGAGUCUCUUGGUGGCUGGACAUAUCAGUGGUAUAAGGGGUCCAGCAGAGUCCCAGUGUCUGAGGGAAACACAUUCACCAUUACAAGUGCUGCUGAGUCUGAUGAGGGCCAGUACUGGUGUCAGGGGAAGAGGAGACAACGACCCAAAACAUCACAAAGGAGCAGUAGCAUUACCCUUGAUGUAAAAGAAUCAAAGCCCCAACUUACAUUUACGAAGUCACAGCUAUUCACCGGAGACUCUGUCACUCUGACGUGUAAACUGGGAAUUCGCUCUGGAUUGGAGUUCUACUGGUACAAAGACACCCAGACCAAUACUCCUGUGGCCCAGACUUUCCUAAACUCCUACAGCAUCAGCUCUGCUAAAUUGUCUGAUGGAGGGCAGUACUGGUGCAGAGCUGGGAGAGGAUACCCAGUUUACUACACACAGUACAGCAAUGAGGUGCUGCUAAAUGUCACAGAGAUGGCCAAGGCUGUAGUGAGUGUAUCGUCACAGUCUUGGUUGAAUGAAGGCAACUCUGUGAAACUUAGCUGCAAGGUGGAAAAGUCAUCUGCUGGUUGGAGAUUCAAAUGGUUUAAAAUAACUUUAUACAAUCUUGAAACCAACUAUCAGUGGAAUCAGCUUCUCCCAGACAGCAGCACAGGAGCUGGAGGCUCAUACACUCUCAGGCCUGCUGCUCUCAGGCACACAGGGGUCUAUGUGUGCAGAGCAGAGAGAGGAGAGCCGGCCUUUCAGACAGAGUUCAGCCAACCUCAGCCUCUCUGGGUCACAGGAUCAUCUCCAGAUGCUUCUGUCAUUAACCAUUCAAACUGGACCCAGAUCUUCACAUAUGAGCCUCUGUCACUGAGCUGUGGGGCUCAGGGCAAGUCCACUGGAUGGAGCCUGAUGCGGUUCACAGGCAGAGGGGGAGGAUCAAGGUGUCCCCCUGGCUGGAGACAAGAAACUGGAUCCACCUGCAGCACCAGCUCAGCAUCUACAUCUGACAGUGGAGUUUACUGGUGUCAAUCUGAGUCUGGAGAGCAGAGCAAUGCUGUAAACACCACUGUGCAUGACGGUGAUGUGAUCCUGGAGAGUCCUGUCCAUCCUGUGACUGAGGGAGAUCCUCUGACUCUGCGCUGUAGAUAUCGCAAUCAGCCAUCAAACAUCAGCGCUGACUUCUAUAAAGAUGGGACACUCCUCCACACCUCCAGCACAGGAGAGAUGACCAUCCCUGCAGUCUCAAAGUCACAUGAGGGCCUCUACAAAUGCAGCAACCCAGAGAGAGGAGAGUCACCAGAGAGCUGGAUUACAGUGAUGCCGAAAAUGACAGGAUCAUAUUCAGGGUCCUCUAUCUCCACGGUGGCAGUUGGUGUUCUGGUAGGCUUGGUCAUAGCCUCAGCUUUGGUCAUUUUACUUGUCCUGCUUUAUCACAAACGGAAAUCUAAAGGUAAGAAAAAUGAAUAA